AUGGUCUCCACCAGUAGCAUCUCCGUUGCAGCCGCCGCGCUGGCAGUCGCCGUGCAACAUGUGGACGCCCACGGCUACAUGUACAUCCCGCUGGCCGAGUUCGACGGCACGGCCACGUCGUCUUGGAUCGUGCAGAUCAGUCCCCAGUGGUCGGGCGACUGGGACAGCUGCAGCAGCGACGACAGCGACUGCCUCACGUCAGUCUACACUGCACUCAAGUCCUCGAACGGCUACAGCGACAUCCGCACGCUGCUGGACAGCGACACCUCGCUCUACGGAGCUGACUGCGGCUACACGGACCGGACGUCACUGCGAAGGACCCCCCAACGACUGGAGACGCCACCGUACGGAGACGGCACUCAGGAGACGGCGUCGGUGUUCACGCCUGUGGAUUACUCGUCGUGCUCGACCAGCGGCUGCAUGCUGCGGUUCUACUGGCUGGCCUUCCAGGGCGUGGACAGCGAGAUCGUGUGGCAGGUGUACAAGGACUGCGUGCCUCUCACAGGCCCCGCCAGCGGCUCCUCCACCUCGACGACGACCACGUCGUCCACCACCAGCGAAACGACUACCGAAAACGAGGCUGACGCGACCGCUUCAACUUCAACAGCCUCGACUAGUGAAUCGACGGCGACACCGACAACGACACCGUCGGCCACGACGAGCGAAUCCACCACCACGGACAGUGGCAACUCGUGGACGUCUGGAUCGAAAACGCAGGGCAAUGGGAACCAGGGUGGCAACGGAUGGAGCGGCGGCUUUGGCGGCAUGGGAGGUGGGCUGCGCAAGUGA